UGCUGACAGAGUUCAACACACAAAAGGAAAGAAUGGAGUACGAUGACUAUCGCUAUCAAACCGACAAUGGGAGCGAGUCUGGUCAGGAAACCACUACUGGCCACAAACCACGCAUUUUAUUAAUGGGUCUGCAACGGAGCGGCAAAUCCAGUAUCCAACGAGUAGUGUUCAACAAAAUGCCGCCGAAUGAUACGCUCUAUCUCGAAAGUACUACAAAAAUUCAGAAAGAAGAUGUCACUCGUUCAUUCAUAGAUUUCCAAGUGUGGGAUUUUCCUGGGCAAAUCAACUUUUUCGAAACUGCUUAUGAUUCGCAAGAAAUCUUUGGUGAAGUUGGAGCCUUGAUCUUUGUCAUUGAUGCGCAGGACGACUACCGGGAGGCCGUCAAUCGACUUCAUUAUACGGUCACCAGUGCUUAUAGAGUCAACCCCAACAUUACGUUCGAAGUCUUAAUUCAUAAGGUGGAUGGUCUGUCCGACGACUACAAAAUAGACACACAGCGUGAUAUUCAGCAACGAACUGCCGAUGCUCUUGCUGAUGCACAAAUGGAGCACAUUCAGCUAAGCUACUAUCUUACCAGCAUUUACGAUCACUCGAUUUACGAGGCAUUCAGCAAAAUUAUCCAAAAAUUGAUUCGCGAAUUACCAACCUUAGAGAACCUUCUUAACGUUCUUUGCUCCAACUCGGGAAUCGACAAAGCCUAUUUGUUUGACACAUUGACAAAGAUUUAUAUUGCUACGGACAGUUCUCCUGUAGAUAUGCAAUCUUACGAAAUAUGCAGUGACAUGAUUGAUGUCAUCAUUGAUAUUGAAUGCAUCUAUGGUGCACAAAACUCAGCUUCCAAUGGAACCACUCCAUCCAUCAACGACGUCGAAGAGGACCGAUCCGCAACAUUAUCAUCUCCAUCCCUAUCAGUAGGUAACGGUGGCGUCAAUGGCUUUGGCGGGGCUGACAGCCUUCAAGAGCAACUUAUGAGUGAUACAUCAGUGGCUAGUGAGCCAGAGGCGGAGGCUUCUAGUUUAAUCAAAUUGACAAACGGUGAUGUCUUGUACUUGCGCGAAGUUAAUCGAUUACUGGUCCUUAUUUGUAUAUUGCGUCAAGAAAGUUUUGAGAAGCACGGGCUGAUUGACUACAACUUUCAAUGCUUUAAGGAAGCUAUUACAGAUGUAUUUGAAUUCUCUAAUACACGGAAUAAGCUUAAUUCUCAGCUUGCCGACGGCAACGAACUUGUAAAUAAUACCUCUGAAUAAACGUUUUUUACGAUGUUAAUGUGGAUGACAUCAACCUGGCAGGACAUGACUUCGGCGCACAUGCAUUUUAGAAACAUUCUAUCA